AUGGAGGAUUUGUCGGUCGAGGUGUACGGUGAAAAUGGUGCUUAUUAUAAGGCCAUUGUCACCGACGUACUCGACAACGAGGUUCUUGUAACCUUUGAAAAUGACUGGCAACCGGAAUCAAAGUUUCCAUUUUCUCAAGUGUUUUUACCACCUAAAGACACCGGCAAACAUACAGAGUUCGUGGAAAACCAAGAAGUGGAGGUUUUCGCUAGAUCGAACGAAAAGGAAGCAUGUGGGUGGUGGACAGCAAAUAUCAAGAUGAUGCGGGGGGAAUUUCUAGUAAUUGAAUACCUGGAGUGGGACAAUUGCUACACAGAGAUCGUACCAAAAGAUCGCCUACGUGUCAAGACGCCCAAGACGCCCAUUGACAAGAACACCUUUCACAAGUUCGAAAUACCCGUACCUGAUGAUCUCAAAGAAUACGCAAAGGUGGAGAACGCACACAAAGAGUUCCAGAAGGCGAUCGGCGCCGCGCUGGUGUGGUUCGUGCCGGAGCGCGGCGCGCUCGCCGUCAUCUCGCGGUGCGAGACCUCGCAGCGCCGUGCCACCAUGCUGCAGGAGAUGCACUUCAGAAAUCUAACACAAAAGCUACUAUUGUUAAAAAAGACUGAAGAAGCAGCUCGACAGCUGGAAUCUACAAAAAUACACAAUCAAGGAGGGUACACGGACGAGUUCAGCGUGCGCGAGGACCUGAUGGGGCUGGCCAUCGGCACGCACGGCGCCAACAUCCAGCAGGCGCGCAAGGUGCCCGGCAUCACCAACAUUGAGCUCGAGGAGCACUCCUGCACCUUCAAGAUCUGCGGCGAGUCGGCGGAGGCAGUGCGCCUUGCGCGCGCACUGCUGGAGUACGCCGAGGAGUCCAUCAUGGUGCCGCGCGCGCUCGUGGGCAAGGUGAUUGGCAAGAGCGGCAAGGUCAUCCAGGAGAUCGUGGACAAGAGCGGCGUUGUGCGCGUCAAGGUGGAGGGCGACAACGAGCCGCGGCCCUCGGCGCCGCGUGAGGAGGGCAUGAUGUCCUUCGUGUUCGUGGGCACGCGCGAGAACAUCGCCAACGCCAAGGUGCUCGUCGAGUACCACGUCGCGCAUCUCAAGGAGGUGGAGCAGCUGCGUGCAGAGAAGCAGGAGAUCGACCAGCAGCUACGUGUGGUGAUGGGCGGCGCCGGCGCCGCCUUCCCAGCGCCGCGCGGCGCACCGCCCACGCGCGCCCGCCGUCCGCGCCCGCCGCCGCAGCGCUACCCGCCCGGAGGCAGACGAACUACGCCUGAGCUAGGUGAAGAGCGAGGGGACAGCGGAGGAGCGUAUCGCGGCCGAGCGCGGCCACCACGUCCGAACAGGUCGAGCGAGCGACGCGGUGAAGAGAGACGCGUGCCGUUGGAGAACGGGCGCGCGCACCCGCGUCCGCCGCGCGAGCCGCGCGAGCCGCGGGAGUCACGCGAGCCUCGCGAGCCACGGGAACAGCGCGACCCACGAGACCAACGAGAUGCUAGCGGACGGAGGCGCGAGGUGCGGGAAGUUCGCGAAGUACGCGAGGUGCGCGACGAGCGGCGGCGCGGCGACGACGACAGCUCGCUGCUCGACAGCCAGGACGGCUCCAGCGCAGACAGAGGAGGCGGGUGGAAGAACGGCGUGAGCGGUGGUGGCGGCGGGGGGCUCUGGCGGGGUGACGGCGGGCGCGGGAGCGGGGGCGGCGGCGGGCGCGGGUGGCGAGGGCGACAAGCGCGCCGGCAAGCGGCGCUCGCCGCUGGCCAAGGCCAAACCCGAGGCGCUGCUGAACGGCACCGCGUAGGAGCGGCGCCGCGCCAGGCCCUGGCCGCCGCGGCCACGCCCGCAUGA